CACGUGAUGAUAAGCCAGCUAACCUGGAAGUUACCAGAUAAUGUCAGAGGUCGGGCUUGAGUCCCUGCUCCCUACAGCUGGGUGACACCCUGUAAUUCUCCAAAUCUAAUUUCUACCUCCACCUCGACCAUAACUGACACAGAAACCUGGGCCUUAUGCAUUUCUUCCUAGGCAUUUGUAACAGAGCUGUGCUUCACUGGUAGCCCUCACACGUACCUGACUUUUCCUACACCCAGCUCAGAGCGGCUUGGCAGACUUGGCAGCAAUUGAGAAGCCACGAGGCGAACCUGCCCUACAUUCAUUCGACACUCCUCGCUGGCCAGCUCCUAUCACAUCUUCAUGCAGCCCCUCGACGAUGCCUCCCAAGAAGAAUCCAUACAAUCCCUGCCCAUGGCAGCCUCCGCCCUGAGGCCCCCCAAGCAGCGUCAUUCUCUCGCAACCGACGGCCAUCCGCUCUCCCGGUCCGAAGCCUCCCUCCCCUACCGCGAUCGCCGCUCCUCCCCCUCGGCAGCCUCCCUGUUCGCAUCCACCUUGACCCCGCCCGGCUCGCGCUCCGCCUCACCGGCCGGCAGGUUCUCGCCGCCCGGCCCCACGUCCGGCUCCGUCUUCGGCGGCGGUUUUAAGCAAUCGCUUCUGGACACGGGCGCCGCGGACAACCCCGGAGACCCGCUGAACCUGAUCCUCAGGAGCUUCGUGCCCCACAUCGCCAUCUACGGGUCGCAAGACGUGGAGGAGCUGGUCAGGGAGAAGGGCUUCGACGGCGGCCUGUGGCAGCUGCUGCGGCCGUUUGGCGAGCGCAUCCAGGGCAAGGUCAACGUUAGGGACAGUAACGGCGGCGCGCGGGCGUGGGAGGACUUCUCGGUGCGCUUUGUGCGCUUCGGCGACGGCGUCGAGGAGCCCGAGGAGCCCGAGCUCGCGGCGGCUGCGGCGGCGGCGGCCCGGAAGAACCCGCUUUCGUCCCCGCCCAACGGUCGCCCGGCGUCGCCCAAGCGGCGGAUUAGCGGCAUUGCAACAGUCGAGGCCGUCGUGAAUCGCCAUCUGCACUACGCCGAGGAUGCCUACGUCGACUUCAUGUCGCUGAACACUCCCACUAGGCAGGGGCUGGACGUCGAUGCAACCUCGCCAUACUACGCCCUGUAUCUGCGCCGGAUAUUGUCCGGCAUCCCCGUGGCAUGUCACGAGACGUUCGGGCACCCCGUUGCCUGCAUCAUGGCUAUAAGCUCGCGGAAUCCGACACCGAUCGAUGCGCUUAGGGAGCUGUAUGCGGAAACGAGUGAGGGAGCCAAGAGGUUGCCGGCCUGGGUGGACGGAACAUAUCUGCGCUACUACGUGCUCGUCCACGAUGAAGAAAAGAGCGACAUCGCCAAAUCCCUGGCGCUUUUUGAGCAGAUGAAGCGGCAUUUGGGCCUGCAUUGCCAUCUGCUGAGGAUACGGAGUUCGCAGGGUGCCGAGACGGACGACGACAGUAUCCCGUUACCGCGGAGCGACUGGAUGACCGCGGACGAGGAGCUUCGGGAUAUCGAGAGAAGCGACGACAAGGAGGACUUUGAGGACCCGACGCGAUACAUCUUCGAAUCGGAUGCGACGGCCAUCCGGACGUUUGUCCGAGAAAUGGUAACGCAAUCUGUCGUCCCUACCAUGGAGCGCAACGUCUUGAAAUGGAACGACCAGGUGGCGUCGCGGCGCCGAGGCAUUAGUGGUCGAUUCAUGAGUCUGUCUAAGCGCUGGGCCUUCGGAAGCGGGAAUCGUAACUCGACUGGUAGCAGUGGCUCUGGCUCGUCGAAUAACUACGAUGCGUCGGGGUUCUACCGGGCGGACUCACCGGAGGCCAUCAUGAGGAAGCUGGCCGAUUAUGCCUUCAUGCUACGGGACUGGAAGCUGGCCAUGUCGACAUACGAGUUGCUGCGGGGAGAUUUUCAGAACGACAAAGCGUGGAAGUAUCAUGCGGCAGCCAACGAAAUGGCGGCACUCUCCCUGCUCAUCAUGCCGCAGAACAUGUCCUCCAAGAACCGGAUCGAGACCAUCAACCAGAUGCUCGAGCAGGCCCUCUAUUCGUACCUGACCCGCUGCGGCGCCCAGUUUGGUGCCCUCCGCUGUCUCGUCCUCGCACUCGAGCUACUACGGCUAAGGGGAGGCUCGGGCAUCGACGAGGCCGUGAAGUGGGGGACUCGCCUACUCGAGUCAAGGCUAGUGGGCGCGGUCGGCGACGCUCUUCUCAAGGAGCGCAUGGCCGUCUGCUACGCUACAAAGUCCGGCGGGGGCUCCCAGGCAUGGGGCGCCAGGAGGCGGAAGUCUGCGCUCUGGAGUGUCCUGAGCGCCGAGACUUGGCUCGCCCAGUCGAAGUUCGUCCAGGCGCAGAGAUGCCUCAACGAGGCGAGAAAGAUGUAUUCGCUGCUCCCAAGCGAAUACGGCGUACAGAAGUUCGCCUUCGCGAGCGACUUCAUGGCCCAACUUCAGGCCGAGCUUAAGGAGGCCCUUGCCGGAAAAGACGGAGCGGCUUACGAAGAUGGCAGCCUGGACGGGCAGGAAGAAGUGGAGCUGCUCGUUGACGAGGAGAGCGAGACUCUAGACCGGAGAAGGUCCCGGAGGACCAGCUUGAUCGUCGCUCCUGGGGCAGCGGGGCCAAUCCUAGAGACCGAACCUCUGACGCCGCUUGUACCGGCAGCGCGGACGCUCGCUUCAAUCGAGGACGAGGAUGGUGGCACGUCGGCAAAGGAUGGUUUCGGCUGAGGUCACCGUCGCAGGUGCCAAGCCUGGGGAUGGGAGGCCCCGAACUUGCAUGGAAAGGCGUUGCUUCGUUAAUUCGCACCAGCAUUAGUGUAAUUCCAUAGAGGAAAGCGGUGAGGAGCAAUACGGUAUACAGUUUCGUGGCCAUUUGAUCAAGGGUCACGGAUAUCAUUUGCAUAAAUGGAUAUCCCCAAACUGAAAGAGAGGCUCAUUAAGCGAACAUGGGUUGCUGCAGUAUCCCGGUCUACCCAGGUUCUUGGUGCCUGCCGGAAGCUUAGGCCGUGUUGAUAAGAUAGCGCUAAACAAAACCCCUGCUCUGC